CCGAGCCAUCCAUUCCCCGUCGCUGCUCCCCGCUUCAUGCUCGCGAUCUGCAGCCUUUUAGAUGCGUUGUUGAUCGUCUCAGUGGAUUCGGCGUUGUGUUCCUGGUCGAGCUCACUGUAGUUUGAGCCCCCCACAAAGUGAUUUGAUCACCUUCAGCCAUGGCGUGCGCCGCAGCCGUGUCGUCGUCUGGCCUCGUCGUGAAAUCCGCCGUCUCGUUGUCGUCGGCCAAGGGUGGGAUCAAUGGCGCUUCCGUGACCGUUGCUGCCCCCUGCGCUGCCCCCGUUGCGGUCAGGAGCUUCGCCGUGCGCGCGUCCAGGAGUGAGGAGAGCGAGACCGUCAGCCGCCGUGCCGCUCUCGCCCUCGUUGCCGGUGUUAUUGCCGCGGGUGCCAAGGUUGGGUCUGCCAAUGCGGCCUACGGAGAGAGUGCCAAUGUGUUCGGUGCUCCCAAGAAGCAGACAGGUUUUACCCCAUUCAUUGGUAAUGGGUUCUCUCUGGAUGUUCCAUCCAAGUGGAACCCCAGCAAGGAGAAGGAAUUCCCCGGAACCGUCGUGAGAUUCGAGGACAACUUUGAUGCUACCAACAACUUGUUUGUGUCCGUCACACCGGCAAAGAAGGGAUCCAUUUCCGAGUACGGACCACCAGAGAAGUUCUUGGACGAGGUCUCUUUCCUCUUCGGGAAGCAAGCCUACGAAGGAAAGACCGCCUCUGAGGGAGGUUUCCAGAACAACGCCGUUGCCACAGCUGCAGUUCUCGACGCUGCCUCCGUGGAGGUUAACGGCAGACCCUACUACAAGCUCAGCGUGCUCACCCGUACUGCCGAUGGAGAUGAAGGAGGCAAGCACCAGCUGAUCGCUGCCACCGUGAAGGACGGCAACUUGUACUUGUUUAAGGCUCAAGCUGGUGACAAGAGAUGGUUUAAGGGUGUGAAGAAGUUCGUUGAGGGUGCCUGGAACUCAUUCAACGUUGCGUAGAUUGUGUACUUUUUUCUGUAAUGCAGCAUUAUUCGUAAAUUGUCAAUAUUCCACUGCAAAAUACCUCGAGAAUUUCUAAAUUUUCUGAGACUUGGAUGUCGGUUUUCUAUUGUUUCGUCAUUGUUGAUAGGUCUCCUCACCAGUUGUACUGUGUUUCAAUGUCUUAUCUUCGUACCUGCGAGUGACCUUAAUUUUAGUAACCAACGAGCUGCCCCCAGCACAAUUCAGAGAUGUUUUA